AUACAAAGAAAAAUCAUUCUUCAAUCAUAAAUCAAUCAUAAAUCAUGGGUUGCUGUUAUUCACUUGAAAAGCCUACCGUCUACGAAGUUGUCCUUGAUGAAAAUGGCGUAGCUCACCGAGUACGUCCCGGUCAAGGUACUCAUUUGAUUCAUGUAUCAAAAGAUAAAGAAACCCACAUGGAAAAAAAGAUCACUUUGCCAUCUUCAAUAUCCUCUCUCACCUGCCCAGAGGCAGCUUACAAGUCACCUCCGGCCAUGAAAUGGACAGCGCCGUCUCUAACCACUAAAAAGAUUCAUCCUGUCAUUCAACCCAACAGUGAAAAGACCGAGGUUCCAACCUCAUAAAACAUAUGGAUACAGACUUGUAUUGACAUGAGACAAUUGUUGUAAAUAGUAUAUGUAAAUCCGCUUGUUCUUCUCCUUCUCUCUAUCUUUCUAUCUUUAUGUUAUACAUACAUACAUACAUACAUACACAUACAUACAUACAUACAUACAUAUAUAUUCUCUUUAAAGAAAACCUACUGUAUACAAUAAGUAUCCAAGUGGAUUUUGUAUUUUUAUAUUAUUAUCAUUAUUUACAAAAUAUACAUUGUUCCAAAUCUAUUGGACAAAAUAAAAACCUAAAAAAUUACUACAAUUU